AUGUUAGAGUUCUAUACGAAUAUCAAUUCGGGAUUGAUGCAGGACGGUAUGCAACCGCCGCUCUCCUGCGCGGGAAGAACAGAACUGAGUGCGAGUAUUAAGAGAGAAAAAAUCGUCGAAAUAUGCGAAGGUUGCGGCCAGAAAAUCCAAGACAGAUACCUCAUGCGAGUUGGAGAACUGUCCUGGCACGAACACUGCUUAAGCUGCUGUGUUUGCGGCUGCCCCUUAGCGCACACAUGCUACACCAGAAAUGCAAAACUGUACUGCAAACCAGACUACGACAGACUGUUUGGCGUCAAAUGCACCAGAUGCGGCGACCGGCUCCUCCCGCAAGAAAUGGUCAUGAGGGCGCAGCAGUACGUCUUCCAUAUUCACUGUUUCGUGUGUGUCAUGUGCUGUCAACCCUUGCAGAAGGGAGAACAGUACGUCAUCAGAGCCGGUCAAAUUUUCUGCCGACAAGACUUCGAAAAGGAAAUGUAUUUGAUGCAGCACGCCGAGGACGAUAUGAUAAUUGAUGACUCCGAGAGACCCAGAGACGGCAGGCGUGGACCAAAGCGGCCUAGAACGAUCCUGACAUCAGCCCAGCGAAGGCAGUUUAAAGCGUCCUUCGAAGUGAGUCCCAAACCUUGCCGAAAAGUCCGCGAGGCUCUCGCUAAAGAUACUGGCUUGAGUGUCCGAGUUGUUCAGGUGUGGUUUCAAAAUCAACGGGCUAAGAUGAAAAAAAUACAGCGCAAAGCCAAACAAGAGGGCGAUAAGAACAACGAUAAGGAAAAAGACAAGGACGAGAAGAGCAUCAAGCAGGAGUCACCGUCAAGUGAACACGGGAAUUAUUUAGGCCUAGAUGCUAGCUACUCCGCGUCUAGUCAACCACUGAACCCGAAUUUGCCUUAUUCCCCUGAUGACUAUCCAGCGCAUUCCGGCGACAGCUUCUGCAGUUCAGAUAUAUCUUUGGACGGAAGUAAUUUCGAUCAGCUCGAUGAAGGUGCGUCUGAUACCAUGAGUCUCCAGAACUUGGAAGUGACACAUCACGGGCACAGUCACUCGAACCACGGCAACCACGAGCCACUGAACCUAGGCACUGGAGCCGUCGUGAAUCCAAUAGAUAAACUGUACUUGAUGCAGAAUUCAUACUUUAGUACGGAACAUUGA